AUGAGGUUGCUGAUCUCAUUUUUACUUUAAUUGUUGUUGUUGUUGUUGUUAACAAGAAUCACAAAACGCCGCAUGCACAGGAAGAUCACAUCCUCUUCGCUCUCCAGGGAGCUGUGGCCGAAGUCCAACACGUACUCCAUGGCCAUCAGCAAGGACGACGAGGUCCAGGUUGUUCGAGGACACCACCAAGGGGCCACCAGAGGCCACAGGGACCAGCGUCAGGCCUCUGGGAGGUGGCGGCUCCAGGAAGGCAGCCAAGAAUGCGAGUGUAAAGAUUGGCGCCUGAAAACCCCUAAAGGAAAAUUUAUGACACCGACAGUGCCCUGGCCACAAAAGAACCAGUGUCCCUGUGAUCAUUUCAGAGACAAUGUAAAGAAAACUAGACACCAAAGGCAUCACAGGAAGUCAAAGAAGCACUCCAAAGCCUGCCAGCAAUUUCUCCAACAAUGCCAGCUAGCAAGCUUUGCUCUGCCUAUUUAA